ACGUAGCAGUCUACGGUGUGUGGCUGAAAGAAACAUCCAGCCUUGUUUUACGGCGCUGAAUCCAUCCCACUGAGCCGUGAUCCCACAACCGGAGCCGCUGACUGACGUUGUAAAGAAGACAAGAAAACGGGCUCAAAUUGGGAUACUACAAGGGUCUGAAUCUGAACGAACACUGACGAUAUUGAAAUAAUCCCGUUUCUACGUGCUGAAAAUGGAUUCAGUCGUUAGUGUGUCUGUAUGAGCGGCGGGUGAAGACGGAGGAGGGGAGACACCGGGGGCUGCAGUUGUUGAAUCCUUUUUCGUCCUGACGGAUAUUUUGGAUCAAACCUCAUGUGUCUCACUCCGGGAGGGCUCUUUUCCCCCCAUUCAUGUGCUAACUAAAGUAUUACCGCCACCAAACCCCGAACCAAGCCUGCUCUCCCGUCCACGUUGGGAGGACUUUCUCCCCGCCUGGUGAAGAGCGCAUUCAAGCGAACAAAGUGGCAUUUUGCUUUUUGAAGAAAUGGAGUCGGAAGAUGCGGAUUGUCAACUGCUCGACGCGGCUGUUUCUCUGUAACAUUUCAUACAUCCCUGGGAGGUUGUCUGUCUCAACCCGACGUCGACGGGUAAUUACAUGAUAGAGAGACCAGACAGCCUUGUUUUCCUGCUGGAUUCAACCCACCCCGCAGUGGACAUUCCUCAACACAGGAGAAGACGACGUCUGUUAGUCCGGGAGAUCGCAUCGGCUUGGCUGCCGACGGUACCGAUACUGACGGUACUAACACCGACGGUACCGAGAAGUCAACAUUUAGGAAUUACAAGUCAGGGACGUGUUCACUUUGGUCCACGUUCUUGGCCUUUAUUUGUGUGGCCUGAGAAGCGACCAUAUUGGGAGCAUUAAUUAAUUGGGGUCAUUCCCGUUGUUUGUUUCUGACGCUGGGAGGAAGUUUCUUUUACCGGAAUGAAGUCUGGCACAGAAACGGAUCCGUUGACCUUGUUCUGUGGUCUGCUGCUGUGUGUCUCCGCGACCUGCCCUCGGCCCGCACAUGGAGAAAUUUGUGGUCCCAGCAUUGACAUCGGUAACGACAUCAGUGAGUUCCGUCGCCUGGAGAACUGUACGAUCGUCGAGGGUUACCUCCAGAUCCUCCUAAUAGGAGACAAGAACUACAACCUCAACCAGGAAGUGUUCCGCUCGCUCUCCUUCCCCAAACUCACCAUGAUCACUGACUACUUGCUGCUGUUCAGAGUCUCGGGCCUGGACUCCCUGUCCACCCUGUUCCCUAACCUCACAGUGAUCCGAGGGCGAAAUCUCUUUUACAAUUACGCCCUGGUGAUCUUUGAGAUGACUUCUCUGAAGGACAUCGGCCUCUACAGCCUCCAGAACAUCACCAGAGGAGCCAUCCGGAUCGAGAAGAACCCUGAGCUCUGCUAUUUGGACUCUAUCGACUGGUCUCUUAUCAUGGAUGCUGAGUUUAAUAACUUCAUAGCAGGGAAUAAACAGAGUAAGGAGUGUGGGGACGUGUGUCCAGGCAUCGUGGAGGACAGUCGUCGAUGCAUCAAGACCAACUUCAAUGACAACUUCAACUGUCGCUGCUGGACCUCUAACCACUGCCAGAAAGUGUGUCCUGAUAAGUGUCAUGCGUGUACGUGGGAUGGUGAGUGUUGUCACGGCCAGUGUCUGGGUAGCUGUACUGAACCUAACACUGAUUCGUCUUGCGCUGCCUGUCUCCACUACUACCACGAGGGGCGCUGCGUUCCAGACUGCCCCCCUGAUACCUAUAAGUUUGAAGGCUGGCGCUGCGUCACCCUGGACUUCUGCUCCAGCGUCCACCUGCCCGACUUCGACCGCUUCGUCAUUCACAGAAGAGAGUGCAUGUCUGAUUGUCCUUCUGGAUUCACACGCAACAAGAGCAAGAGUAUGUUCUGCAGCGCGUGUGACGGGCUAUGUGAUAAGAUCUGUGAUGAGAAGGUCAUUGACUCCGUGGACGCGGCCCAGUCUCUGAAGGGAUGUACCGUCGUCAAGGGCAACCUACAAAUCAACAUCCGUAGAGGACAGAACAUAGUGUCUGAGCUGGAGAGUUUCAUGGGAUUGAUCCAGACAGUGACAGGCUACGAUCCUAACCUAACUCCUGUCUCCUCCCCUCCUCUAGAGAACAUAGUGUCUGAGCUGGAGAGUUUCAUGGGAUUGAUCCAGACAAGAACAUAG